AUGGAAUGGGAGACACACUGGCUCAAGGUUGUUCGCAAGACGGGUAUAGGUUAUGUGUUACCGAACUUUUCCAAAUUGUCCCCCGUAAAGCGUGGUCCCUUCGGAAUAGUCCGACGCGUCGGAAAAUUGGCUUGCGAGCUGCGCCUUCCGCAGGAUUGGGCGAUCCAUCCAAUCAUUAGCGUGGUGCAUCCUGAACAGGCGCAUGAGGAUGAGUUCAAGAGUAUGAGGCCGGACAUAGCAUCUGCUCCACCGGUGAUGGUCGACGGUAAGGAGGAACACGAAGUCGAUAAGAUCCUACAAGUUAAAGCAGAUGAAGUGCUGCUACGUUGGAAACAGCAAAAGUGGCGAGAUAAUGAGGAGUUCCAAGUGGACUGUACGGACGAACAUCCCGCGAAGAUAUAUCUUAAGGGCAGCAAGAAUCCCCGCAUCCCUAAUACGGUGCAAAAUGUCCUUCUUUUGUCUAGCUUCUUGCUUAAUGGCACGGCGUUGAAGUGUUGGCAAACGGUUUGUAUAAACCGUGCGGCUGGAAUAAUGGCCCGGGCCUUAGUGAUGGGUGCGAUGAUUGCUGAUGUUGUGGGUGUGGGGAAAGACAUAUAUUGCACAUGA